ACGCAAAUCCAUGUUAGAAGUCUUUAAAACAACUUCAAGUAAAGUGAUUGCAGUACUCGCGAUUUUAAUCGUUGUGGUAUUACAAUAUCGCUUUUGGUUCGGUGAGGGUGGUCAUUUCCCUCAUCAAGCUUUACUACAGCAAAUUGAACAGCAAGCUGAAGUCAAUGCUGAGUUAAAAGAACGCAACCGAAUUCUUGCUGCCGAAGUGUAUGAUCUAAAAAAUGGUGCUGAAGCCAUAGAAGAACAUGCACGUUUAGACCUCGGUCUAGUUAAGCCACAUGAAACUUUUGUACAGAUGAAACCAAUGAAGAUGACAACGAACCUGCGCCAGAACAACCGUAAAAUUUGGGCAAUUGUUCCUGCGGCUGGCUCAGGUCGUCGUUUUUCAAAAACCGAACUUAAACAAUACCAAGUCAUCCAAAAUCAAACAGUGUUAGCGCAUACCAUAGCGCGUCUAAACGAUUUACCGCUUGCGGGUUAUGUACUGGCUGUUGGUGAGCAAGACCAUUAUGCUCAAACAUUACCAUUAAAAAAUAAACAUUUGAGCCAUUUUUGUUUGGGUGGUGCAGAACGUGUUGAUUCUGUUUUAAAUGCAUUGCGUUAUUUAGAACAAUUUGCACAAGCCGAUGACUUGGUUUUUGUACAUGAUGCUGCUCGUCCUUGUGUGACACAACAAUGUCUUGAAAACUUAGUCGAUACCGCAAUAAACCUGAACAGCAGUGCGAUUCUUGCAAUUCCUGUAAGAGAUACUUUGAAGUUUGUUGAAAAUCAGCAGGAUAUCAAUAAAACAGUCAGUCGGGAUCAAUUGUGGCAAGCACAAACACCACAAAUUUCUACUUUUUCAAAGCUUAAAAAGGCAAUCGAAACAGCUUUAGCGAAUAAUAUUAUCAUUACAGACGAGGCGAGUGCAUUGGAAUAUAUCAAUGAACCUGUCAAAGUGGUGAUGGGGCGUUCUGACAAUAUAAAAAUUACCUAUCCAGACGAUUUGGAGUUAGCCAAGUUAAUUUUGCAAUCACAGCAG